AUGGGUCCAAUGCUAUAUGGUGCUAUGUAUCCCUUCAGCUAUUCCAUCUUGCGAGAAAUUUGCAGCUAUCCUGGUAGCUAUGUUGCAGUUUGGUCUGAUACAACAGCCAAAAGUUUUAUCCAUGUGUAUUACCAACACGAUCAGGGUUAUUAUAAUCGACAUCUAUCAGAAAAGUUAACCCAUCUGUGUAAAAAGGCAUUUGAAGGAGAUAUUGGCGUCUCUCGAGGUGAAUUUCAAGAUCGAUGCUACAUUAGGAGAAAAACUGGGAGGCAAUGUAUUUACUACAGAUAUUGUAAGCCUAGCAAAAUCAUUCCCAAGGUCAAACAUAUUUAUCAAAAUAUUUCUCAAACCAGCAUUAUAGAUGAAGAUAUCUUGGAUGCAAUUUUAAUUAAUGCUAAACACCAAGAAAAUAGUGGUGAUAAGAAUUAA